UUUCUACUUGAGGUUUUUAUCACAACUCUUCUGGUUUCUUCAAACUUACAACUUCUCAACCAAAACAAUUUCGAACCAUGUCUGGACGUGGAAAGGGAGGCAAAGCUCGUGCCAAGGCCAAGACAAGAUCUGCUCGUGCAGGACUUCAGUUCCCAGUUGGGCGUGUCCACCGUCUUCUUCGCAAUGGAAACUAUGCUGAGCGCAUCGGAGCUGGUGCCCCUGUCUACCUUGCAGCUGUGAUGGAGUACCUCGCUGCUGAGAUCCUUGAGCUGGCUGGCAAUGCUGCUCGUGACAACAAGAAGCAGAGAAUCAAUCCUCGUCAUCUUCAACUUGCCAUCAGGAAUGAUGAAGAGCUGAACAAGCUUCUUUCUGGUGUGACCAUUGCUCAGGGUGGUGUCCUGCCAAACAUCCAAGCUGUCCUUCUCCCCAAGAAGAGCUCCAAGUCUUCUGACUAAAUGUCGUACUCUCACAUAAACGGCUUUUCUAAAAGCCACCACUCAUUCAAAAGAUACUGCCAUUCUCUCUUUUUAUUGCCCUCAGCUUUUUAUGACUAUUUUAUUAUGUAUUCUGUAUACUCCUGCACGCGUGAACAAAAUCAGUACUGUACAUUUCAAGGG